ACGACAACUUUUUACUUUCCGUGUGUCAACAAAAUUUCUCACUGGGACUCUCCGCAGCUGUCAAAAAGUGCAAAAAGCCCAAAGUGUCAAAUAAUAAAAAAAAAUUACCAAAUUUCUUCUCGCUCGUGGAUUUUUCGCCAUUUCCGCAUCAACCUAAGUAAAAAACAUGGAAUCAUGGAGUGAAUAGAGAGAUUGAUCUGGAAAAAAAGAGAGAAAACAUUGAAUUAGCGAAAAAAAUUAAAAAUAAAAAAAAUUGAAAAGGGGUUAUCGUCUGUAGUUCGAGUAAUUGCGACAACAACAACAACAAACUAAACGAAGAGAAGCGGAAAUAAAAUUAUAAACAUAUUGAGCGAAUCCAUGGCAGGCAGUAUGAAACAAGAAGAGCCAGCAUUUGUGGUAGCAAAGUACGAUUACGCAGCUCAGAGUUCUCAGGAAUUGGAUCUCAAGAAAAACGAUCGUUAUCUGCUGCUUGACGAUUCAAAGUCUUGGUGGCGUGUUCAACAACUGACUCCAAAUGGCGUUGCGGGCUUCGUUCCCUCAAAUUACGUGAAACGUGAAAAAAAGACAAAUUCCCUGUUUGACAGUUUCAAGAAAAAAGUGAAAAAAGGCAACGGAUCCCGUACAUUGCCCAACAGUUCGCCAUCUCGUCAAGUCGACAGUCCCACGCUCGGGCGCAAAUUACCUCCAGAUCCGUCGGAAGCCAUUGGCACGGCAAUUGUCAAAUAUAACUAUCAGGCGCAGCAACCGGAUGAACUUCCGCUGACGAAAGGCACGCAAAUUCUCAUUUUGGAGAAAUCGAACGAUGGUUGGUGGCGCGGACAAAGCGGCGCACAAGUCGGAUGGUUCCCGAGCAACUAUACCACGGAGGAGAAUGACAACGACGAGAACGUUCACACGUAUGCGAUGGCGGAAAAUGUGCUCGAUAUUGUCGUUGCGUUGUAUUCGUUUGCGUCGAAUAACGAUACCGAGCUGUCUUUCGAGAAGGGAGAUCGUUUGGAGAUUAUCGAUCGUCCCAUUACGGAUCCCGAAUGGUAUAAGGCACGCAAUCAGGCGGGACAAAUUGGACUUGUGCCCCGGAAUUAUCUGCAAGAGUUGUCGGAGUAUCUGGCUCAAUCGUGUCCCGCAACGGAAAACAGCUUGCGACGCUGCAACGAUCCGAUGUCGUCGCAAAUGAGCUUGCAUCAGCCAACAAAUGGGCAAAAGACAAUGGAAAGACCCGUUUUGUCGGGCAAGAGUUGGUAUUAUGGCGCCAUUACGCGAAAUCAAUGUGAUACUGUCCUGAAUCAGCAUGGUCAUGAUGGAGAUUAUUUGAUACGAGACAGUGAAACGAAUUCUGGCGAUUUUUCCGUGUCUCUCAAAGCUCCGGGACGCAACAAACAUUUCCGCGUUCACGUGGAAAACGGCAUGUACUGCAUCGGUCAACGGAAAUUUCACACACUCGAUCAGCUGGUUGAUCAUUACCAAAGAGCCCCCAUUUACACAAACAAGCAAGGCGAAAAAUUGUACUUGGUUCGUCCUCUUCCCAAAGCUAACGGCACAUAAACGCGUCGUCCUAUUAAAUUAAAAAAAAAAUGAAAGAAGCCCAAAAAUGCUUUCACAUGAAUGUCGUUUCGUUUCUUCGCGCCAUUAAACUGAAAGAAAAUGCACAAAAAAUUAAUUUAUUAAAAAAAAUUGGAUAAGAAAAAAAAGUUAGAUUGUAAGAGUGCAAGGUGUUAACAAAAGUCGUUCGGUUUCCAAUUCCCUUGUCCUCAUCCCGUUUUAUUUUGUGAAUUUAACCAUUUAAAAAUAUACUUUGCAAAGUAUUCUCAGACAUAAAAAAAUAUUUAUAGAGAAAAAUGUAAAAUUACAGGGAUUUUUAUUAAUCCAAAAUAUCCAUUCAUAAAAAAAACAAAAUCUUCCUGAAAUUUACCAAAAUAAUAAUUCCUCGUGUCAUUAAAUUUUUUCCUAUUUUUUUUUGUUUGUAAAG